AUGAUGCCCCUGCCAUCAUCAACAAUGACCCAGAUGUGGGCAACAAUGGGCUCAACUUUAGCCAGCUUCAUGUUCGUUUGGGCAAUCAUCCGCCAGUACUGCCCCUACGAGCUUCGUAGGUUCUUUGAGAAAUACUCACACAGAAUCAUGGGCUACUUCUACCCCUACAUCAAAAUCUCCAUCCAUGAGUUCACUGGGGACAGGCUUAAGAGAAGCGAGGCCUAUUCUGCCGUGGAAGCCUAUCUCAGCAACAACACUUCAAAGAGCGCCAAGAGGCUCAAGGCAGAGAUGGUCAAAGACAGCAGCAACUUGGUUUUGAGCAUGGAUGAGUACGAGAGAGUUACAGAUGAUUUUCAGGGUGCUAAGGUUUGGUGGGUUUUGUCCAAAUCUGUGUCUCCAGGGAGAUCAAUGUCAAUGUCUUACUAUCCAGAGCAGGAGAAGAGGUUUUACAAGCUCACUUUUCACAAGAAGUACAGGGAUAUAAUUACAGAGUCUUAUUUAGACCAUGUGGUGAGGGAAGGGAAGGAAAUCAGGGUGAAAAAUAGGCAGAGGAAGCUUUACACAAAUAGUCCUGGAUACAAAUGGCCUAGCUACAAGCAGACCAUGUGGAGCCACAUAGUUUUUGAGCAUCCAGCUACUUUUGAAACAAUGGCAUUGGAGCCAGAGAAGAAGAGGGAGAUCAUUGAAGAUUUAGUGACUUUCAGCAAAAGCAAGGAUUUUUAUGCAAGAAUUGGCAAGGCUUGGAAGAGGGGUUAUUUGCUUUAUGGGCCACCAGGGACUGGGAAAUCUACCAUGAUUGCUGCAAUGGCUAAUUUGUUGGGUUAUGAUGUUUAUGAUCUUGAGCUCACUGCUGUCAAGGACAACACAGAGCUUAGGAAGCUUUUGAUUGAGACCACAAGUAAGUCUAUAAUUGUGAUUGAGGAUAUUGACUGCUCACUUGAUCUUACAGGCCAGAGGAAGAAGAAAGCAGACAAAUCUUCUUUGGAAGAUGAAACUAAGUCCAGUAAGGAGAGAAUUAAGGAACCAAAAGAAGAGGGUCAUGGCAGCAGCAAGGUCACUCUUUCUGGGCUGUUGAAUUUCAUUGAUGGGCUUUGGUCUGCUUGUGGUGGUGAGAGGCUUGUUGUGUUCACCACAAACUAUGUUGAGAAGCUUGAUCCUGCCCUCAUCAGGAGGGGCAGAAUGGACAAACAUAUUGAGCUUUCUUUUUGCAGUUUUGAUGGGUUCAAAGUUCUGGCAAAGAACUAUCUGAAGCUUGAGACACAUCAUAUGUUUGAUACAAUUCAGAGGCUGAUGGGGGAGGUCAAAAUGACCCCUGCUGAUGUAGCAGAGAAUCUCAUGCCUAAGUCCCCACAAGAUGAUCCAGAGAGAUGUCUUUCCAAUUUCAUUCAAGCUCUUGAAGAAGCCAAGGAAGAAGCAGCUAAGAAAACAGCUGAAGAAAUUAAGGAGAUUGGUGCAGCCAAGGAGGAGGAUGAUGAUGAUGUGCAGACACAAGAAAACAAAGAUGUUCAAGUCAAGAGUGAUUUGGUUGGCAAUGCGAAUGUGUCGUUGUAG